AUGCAUAUUCGACUCACUUCUCCCCCUCGGGCUUGCCCUCGCACGCUCGGUAUCCGUCGCUGGCCCACUGCGCAGGUCAGCUCGGCCAGAGCAUUCUCAACAACACAGCAUCGCGACGCAACAUGGGGCUUUAUUGGGCUGGGGCAAAUGGGCUAUAAUAUGGCCAAGAACCUACGCGCCAAAAUCCCCGCAUCUGACACGUUGAUUGUGCGUGACGUCAAUGAAGAAGCUGCUAGGCGCUUCCUGACAGAGGCAAAAGAAAUCGCUCAUAAAGAUGGCGCUGGCGCCGAUGAGAUGCGAGUGGAAAUUGCUGCGAAUGCGCGUGAAGUCGCGGAGAAAUCGACCGUCAUCAUCAGCAGUCUCCCCCAACCGGAACAUGUGAUUGAAGUAUAUCAAUCAAUUCUCAAGGAUGGCAACCUCCCAGUACUGGAGCAGGAGCGUCUUUUCAUUGACACGUCGACUGUUGAUCCUAACACAUCCAAGCAAAUCGCAAACGCCAUUCAUACCACCCAAACUGGGCGAUUUGUAGACGCUCCCGUCUCCGGCGGUGUGGUUGGUGCCCAGGCUGGUACACUAUCAUUUAUGUUCGGAGCCUCAUCAGAAACCGGGGCGCUCCUGGAACGCAUCAAAAGCGUUCUCUGCCUGAUGGGAAAGAAAAUGUGGCAUCUUGGCGAGCCGGGCUCCGGGGUUUCGGGCAAACUUGCAAACAACUACAUUCUGGCAAUCAACAAUAUUGCCACCGCCGAAGCAAUGAACCUUGGAGUACGCUGGGGCUUGGAUCCGAAGGCUUUGGCUGAAAUGAUCAACUCGUCCACCGGCCGCUGUUGGCCCUCCGAAGUGAACAACCCGGUUCCUGGAGUGGUUGAAACCGCACCCGCAUCCCGUGGUUACCAGGGAGGGUUCGGCGUAAGCCUGAUGCACAAGGACUUAAGGUUGGCUCUCACAGCUGCUGAGAAGUCUGGUACCCCCCUUGCUCUGGGAGACCACGCUCGUGAAGUCUACGAGGCCGUUGAGUCGGCUCAUCGUGGAAAAGACUUCUCCGUUGUAUACCAGUGGUUACAAGAAAAAUCGAAAUAG